UAGUGAAUGUCACUUUCUGUCAUUUUCAAAUUUCCUGCCGAUGUCGGGACAUACAGGGGACGGAACCCAGAUGACAGAUGUCGGCAUCCGCCGGAGGACAUUACAGGGGACACUGCAGGAGGGACAUCGUGGGACAAGGUAAGUGAUCGAGGGAUCCCAGAGCAGCGCCGCAGUGUAUUCCCAAGUGUAGCUCGGGGUUACCGCUUUUGCUACACUCGGGAAUACCACCAGGGGGGU